AUGAUUGUACCGGACAACCUGGACGCCUUUGUCAAGGCUACGGCCUCCCUGCCGUUGACUACACCCACUUCGGUGGCUCCCAUUCCCACGGUGAUCCCGAAUCUCCCCAUCUUUCUGGAUCAUCAUGACACGGGCAAGCGGACUCUGUGGGUCGUGACCGUUUUGAUGGGCAUCUCCUCCCUGGUCUUCUUCGCUCUGGCCGCCCGGGCCCCACUGGCUCGCCGUGUCUUCCAUACCACUGCAUCCCUCGUCACCACCCUCUCCUUCAUCACCUAUCUUGCUCUUGCCACCGGCCAAGGUAUCGCUUAUAAUCAUGCCCACAUCACCCACCACCACAAACACGUCCCCAACACCUCCGAGGAUGUUUACCGCCAGGUCCUGUGGCUGCGUUACCUCAACUGGGCUAUUUCCACCCCGCUCAUCUUGGUCAACUUUGCCCUCGUGUCCGGUCUGCCCGGCGCCAACUUGAUUCCCGCCAUUGCCGCCAACUUUGUCAUGCUGGGCUCGGGCCUGUUGGGCUCGUUCGCCGGUAAUACCCCACAACGCUGGGUGUGGUUGACCAUCAGCUGUGUGGGCUACUUGGUCAUGCUGCACCACGGUGCGUUCUAUGCCCAGCGCGCGGCCGGCAACCGGGAUGUCAAGGUCCGACGCUUCUUUGGCGCCUUAUCCGGGACUGGUUUCCUGGCAUUUGCCUUGUUCCCCAUUGCCCUUGCCGCUGGUUCUCUCGCCAUGAAGAUCAGCGUUGACGCCGAAACUGUCAUCUACGCCGUCCAGGACAUCUUCACCCAGGGCAUCUUGGGUUACUGGCUCGUCUUGGUCCAGGAUAGCGCCCAGACCAGCUCCCUCACUGUGGACGGAUUCUGGUCCUCGGGAAUCGCUAGUGAAGGCGCCAUUCGCAUCACAGACGAAGAUGGGGCCUAA